AUGAUAUCAGUGUAUGAAGUAAUGUUACGGGAAGACCGCAUAGAGAGAUGGAAAUCGGAGGGGUAUAAUUUUGAAGUAAGAAAUCAUAAAAAUAAUGUUAGAGAUCAAUGCUACACAAAUCAAUACCAAAAUAAUUAUAACAUUAGGCAGGAUGGUCACAGGAUAAAAGAAAGUGAUUAUGAUCGAGAUUUUAAUUACUUUAAUUACAUUAAACCACAAAUAAAUUAUGAGAAUCGGUACAUGCACCAAGAUGCGAAAAACCAACGUAACGUGUAUGAACUAGAUGCAUCGAAUACAUAUGGACAACCAAGUAACCCACAGCGGCGAAGAGGGAACCAACGAAAAAGGCAACGAUUUGAUAGAAGGCAUCAUGGUCAUAAUGAAUUUAAUAACCAAAAUAGGAACACGAAUUUUGACGAACAUUGUCAAAAUAUUGACAUGACAUCGGAAGGUUAUGGAAGAGAAAAUUUUUACAACAGGGAUCAGAAUUUGCAAGAAUAUAACAUUGAAUCCAGAAAUUUACAGCACAGAUUUAUCGAAGAAGAAGAAAGUUUUUUUCUCAGAGACGAAUGUAGAAGAUACAACAACAUACAGGAUGAUUACGGAAGAGAGGAACAUAGAGAGUAUAGAUGCACUAACUAUGAUAAAUCGUAUAUGAACUGUGAGAAACCACAUUUUGUAAAUGACAAUUUUGAAACAAAUGAUUUCAUAGAAACCAGAUCUAAAAGUAAAAAAACAUAUGAUCAUGAUUUCAUAAUACCACCAAUUAUAUUUAAGGAUUCGACCAGAAACCAAAACCUUUUAAAGGAUAAGAAACAAUUGGAUCAUAAUGAAUCACACUCCGUAACUGAACCACAUCUUCAAACAGAAGACGAAAAAUCAAGUGACGAGAAAGUAAAUCAUAAUCCAGAGGAACCUUCAGAAAAAGAACAAACGGCGUUGUAUAUGAAUCUCAUUAUAGAUACUACCGAAGAGAAUAUCAGUAUCAAUAAAAAACUUCCAGACAAUAAAGUAGUAGAUAGAAUCAGGGAUUGUAUUAUAAAAGUGGAUUUGAUGAAAGUGAAAAACCAAAAUUAUUUUCUGGACAACAAAAUGUUUGAAGGCGGUAAAAAAAAUAAAGAGGAGACUUCAGAAAAUACUGAUUCGAAAAGAAGCAAAUCUGCAAAGGAGUUAGAGAAAAGAAACCAAUUAAAAAAUUAUACCUAUCCUCAUAAGGAAACUUCUUACUAA